AUGAGGGAGUCGAAAAUUACCAAUCAAGAACUGAUGGCUGCCUUCGACUUAUUAGCUUGGGCUGGCAAAAUGACGGACGACAAGCGCCACGAAGUUCUUCUUGUUGGCGACGUGUUCGGCUUGGAGCCGCUGGCAGACGAGAUCACCUAUAUGCUUGCGGCUGAUGGUUCCACCGUACCAACGGUCCUGGGACCCUUCUGGCGUGCGAAUGCCCCUAUCAGGAACAUGGGAGACAGUAUCGUUUUCGGGAUUGAAUCAGGCGACCACACGUAUAUGCAUGGUCAUAUACUUGACGCACAAACAGGAGACCCAAUAGAGAAUGCUGAGCUCGACAUCUGGGAAACGGCCCCAAAUGGAAUGUACGAGCAACAAGACCCAGACCAAGUUGACAUGAAUUUGCGUGGUCGCUUCAGGACGACUGAGGACGGCUCAUAUAACUUGUAUUGUUUACGACCUACGACGUAUGCCAUCCCACAAGACGGGCCAGCUGGCAGGCUUCUUCAGCUUCUCGAUCGUCACCCGAUGAGGCCCGCGCACAUACAUUGUAUUGUUACAGCAGCUGGUUAUAAGCGGCUGACCACUGAACUUUUUGACAGGCGAGAUAAGCAUGUUCAUGACGACGCGGUAUUUGCAGUCAAGGAAGCUUUGGUCGUAGAUUUCAUACCCAAGGAAGGUGAUUUGAAGGCUCAAUUUGAUCUUGAGUACACUUUCAGGCUCGCCCGACAGGCAUGA